UCUCUCUUUCUCCACAAGUAGCUGAAGCACAGAAGUCCCCAUCAUGGAUUUUCAACAUCGUCCUGGAGGGAAAACUGGAAGCGGAGGCGUAGCCUCUGCCUCAGAAAGUAACCGAGACCGCCGGGAGAGGCUCCGGCAGCUGGCUUUGGAAACCAUCGACAUCAACAAGGACCCUUAUUUUAUGAAAAAUCACUUGGGCUCUUAUGAAUGCAAGCUUUGCCUAACGCUGCAUAACAAUGAGGGAAGUUACUUAGCGCAUACCCAGGGGAAGAAGCAUCAGACCAAUUUGGCCCGUCGAGCUGCCAAGGAAGCUAAGGAAGCCCCUGCCCAGCCCGCACCAGAAAAAGUCAAAGUGGAAGUGAAGAAAUUUGUGAAAAUUGGACGACCGGGUUAUAAGGUCACCAAACAGAGAGAUCCAGAAACAGGCCAGCAGAGCCUUCUCUUCCAGAUUGAUUAUCCGGAGAUUGCAGAAAGUAUCAUGCCUCGUCAUCGGUUCAUGUCAGCCUAUGAGCAAAGGAUUGAGCCUCCCGAUAGACGCUGGCAGUACCUUUUGAUGGCAGCGGAGCCCUACGAAACCAUAGCUUUCAAGGUGCCAAGCAGAGAAAUCGACAAAGCAGAAGGAAAGUUUUGGACCCACUGGAACAGGGAAACCAAACAGUUCUUCCUUCAAUUCCACUUCAAGAUGGAGAAGCCGCCAGCUCCCCCAAACCUCCCUCCAGGGCCCCCAACUGUGAAGCGGCCUCCCCCACCUCCACUGAUGAACGGCUUGCCCCCAAGGCCACCUCUGCCAGACUCCAUGCCGCCGCCUCCUCCAGGAGGCAUGACUUUGCCUCCUAUGCCUCCCUCUGGACCAGUGCCACCACCCCCAGUGCCACCUCAGUUGCCACCAGCACCCGGUGUACCUCCCCCUGCUCCUCUGCCACCCAUGAUGAGACCACCUCUCCCCACGGAGGGGCCCGGCACUAUCCCCCCUCCGCCUCCCUCCAACUGAAGCCCCUCCUGGACUCGGUCCCGCUGGACUCCUCUAGCUUGUCUCUUUUUAUAGGCAGAUCAUGACUGAUUCAGAGAAAUAGUUUUGUUUUGUAUGCCUGUCAGUUUGACUACAUCCUGUAGGUUCAUUAAAAGGUUUUCAGUUUUCCUUUC